CAAUCAUGAACCUUAAACCUCUUACUAUAUCAUUUCUUCUAUUUUUCUACGCAACCUACUCUUAUAAAUACCCCUUAUAUAUUUUCCUCACAAUUCCACACAAACACACAAAUUGUAUUAUUCCUUAAUCACCAACCCAAUAAAAAUGUCACGUAACAACUUUUUUCUUAUCUUAGUGUUUUUCUUUUGUCUUAACUUUAGCGCACAGGCCCGGGUGCCAUUCGCUUGUGAUCCAAGGAAUGGUCUAACCCGGGCCAUGCGCUUCUGCAGGGUCAACCUCCCGAUACACGCAAGGGUUCAAGACCUUGUCGGGAGGUUGAACCUGCAGGAGAAGGUUAAAUUACUAGUUAAUAAUGCGGCUGGAGUGCCGCGCCUUGGUAUUCAAGGCUACGAGUGGUGGUCCGAGGCGUUACAUGGCGUGUCUAACGUCGGGCCAGGGACUAAAUUUCAAGGCGCCUUUCCCGGCGCCACCAGCUUCCCACAAGUCAUUACCACGGCUGCUUCCUUCAAUGCCUCUCUUUGGGAAGCUAUUGGACAGGUGGUGUCAGAUGAAGCAAGAGCAAUGUAUAAUGGAGGAACAGGAGGGUUAACAUAUUGGAGUCCAAAUGUGAAUAUAUUUCGUGACCCAAGGUGGGGUAGAGGUCAAGAAACUCCUGGAGAAGACCCAAGUUUAGCAGCUAAAUAUGCAGCAAGUUAUGUUCGAGGGCUUCAAGGUAAUUAUAACAAGAACAGGUUGAAAGUUGCUGCUUGUUGCAAACAUUAUACAGCUUAUGAUCUUGACAAUUGGAAUGGUGUUGAUCGCUUCCAUUUUAAUGCCCGAGUGAGCAAGCAAGAUUUGGAGGACACAUAUAAUGUGCCCUUCAAGGCCUGUGUACUAGAGGGAAAAGUUGCGAGUGUAAUGUGCUCUUACAACCAAGUCAAUGGCAAGCCCACAUGUGCUGACCCUGAUAUACUUCGCAACACAAUUCGUGGCCAGUGGCGUCUUAAUGGGUAUAUUGUAUCUGAUUGUGAUUCAGUUGGUGUAAUGUAUGAUUCUCAACAUUACACCAGAACUCCUGAAGAAGCAGCAGCUGAUACGAUCAAAGCUGGCUUAGACUUGGACUGUGGGCCUUUCCUAGCAGUGCACACGGAAGGUGCCAUAAAAAGAGGACUAAUGACAGAGGCUGAUGUAAAUCAGGCCUUAACCAACACUAUCACUGUCCAAAUGAGAUUAGGCAUGUUUGAUGGUGAACCAUCGGCCCAACCCUUUGGAAACUUAGGUCCAAGAGAUGUUUGCACUCCAGCCCAUCAAGAACUAGCCCUUCAGGCAGCCCGACAAGGGAUAGUUCUUCUCCAAAACCGGCCCGGCUCGCUGCCCUUGUCCACAGCCCGCCACCGUACUAUUGCUGUUAUUGGGCCUAAUGCCGAUGCCACGGUCACCAUGAUCGGUAACUACGCUGGUGUUGCAUGUGGGUACACAUCUCCCUUACAAGGUAUAGCAAGGUAUGCGAAAACGAUCCACCAAGCAGGAUGUGUAGGAGUUGCUUGUAGUAGCAACCAACAAUUUGGUGCAGCUAUAGCAGCAGCAACUCAUGCUGAUGCAACAGUGUUAGUAAUGGGCUUGGACCAAUCAAUUGAGGCUGAAGCCCGUGAUAGGACAUCGGUCCUUUUACCGGGCCACCAACAAGAAUUAAUUUCAAAAGUGGCCAGAGCCUCAAGAGGCCCAACUAUUUUGGUCUUAAUGUGUGGUGGGCCUGUGGAUGUCUCCUUUGCUAAAGUUGACCCAAAAAUUAGUGCCAUUGUGUGGGUUGGUUAUCCUGGUCAAGCUGGUGGUACUGCUAUUGCUGAUGUCCUCUUUGGUACCACUAAUCCAGGAGGAAGGCUACCAAAUACAUGGUAUCCCCAAGACUAUGUAGCAAAGAUUGCAAUGACGGACCUAGCAAUGCGAGCCAACCCAGUAAGAGGUUAUCCCGGACGUACCUACCGUUUUUAUAGAGGGCCAGUUGUGUUCCCUUUUGGAUUUGGGUUAAGCUACACAAGAUUUUCCCAAUCCUUGGCCCAAGCACCAACAAAAGUCAUGGUACCCCUAUCCAAACACUAUACAAGUACAAACACCACCACAUUGAGCAACAAUGCCGUAAGAGUGUUACACACAAAAUGUGACACCACAACUUCCUUAAGCCUCCACAUCGAUGUAAAAAACACGGGCGAGGCGGACGGGUCCCACACGGUCCUCGUAUUCUCGAGCCCGCCACGUGGGGCACAGGCAUCCGAGAAGCAUCUUAUUGGGUUUAAAAAGGUCCACGUGCUAGCAGGUUCGCUAGAACGAGUCAGGAUGAACAUACAUGUCUGCAAACAUCUUAGUACAGCUGAUGAGUUUGGAAUUAGAAGAAUCCAAAUGGGUGAGCAUACUCUUCAUAUUGGAGAUGACAUAAAACAUCAGCUUUCUCUUCAAGUUGAUCUAGGAAAUUGAGAUCUUAGCAUUUUAAAAGAGAUGUAAGAAAUUAUACUAUUUAGUUGCAAGUGUUGAUUAAGAGUAAUUGAUGCUAUACACCUAUACAUAGAAGAAUUUAAAAGUGUACAGGAAUAUAAUUACGGUUUUAUUUUGGUUUGCUUUGUUAAAUAUUUGGUCUCUUGAACAAGUGUAAGUUACUGAAAGAUGUAUUGCUAUAAUAUUAAUCAAACAUGAGAAUAUAAUUUGCAGUGAGUA